AUGGCGGCCAACGAGCAAGACCCGCUGCUGCGGCUUCGCCAGGCCAUUGCGGCCGGGCAGGCCAUUGUCCCCAGCGCGUCUGCCGAGGCGGGCUCCCCCGAGGUAGGCCUCGCGCAGGCCAGCCACCUACUGAUCCCGGACCAGUCGUCGCCGACGGCCCUUCCGAUGGACGCCGCGACGCGCUUCAUCUCCAACGACAAGCCCGUCGACCUGCGCUCCAUUUACUUUGCCUGGCUGAACCGCGAGCUGGCCAUUCCAGAAUACAACGCCUCGGCGACGACGCUCAACGGCGAGCUUGACGGCGCGGGCGGCGCUGCGGCCAAGGUCCAGAACCUCGGCUUCAUCGAGCGUCUCGACCUCAUCACCUGGCUCGAGGGCGCGAGCGAAGAGUCAGAAUACAUCAAGCCCCUCGCGGGCGAUGCCGAGGCGGCUGCAGCGGCUCCUGCGACCAAGGCGGGUGCUGCGUCGGCGGCGGUGCAGGCGCGCUCGGGAAAGGGCACUAUUGACCCUAGACUGGCGAGCAUAUACGACGGCGAGCGUCGCAUGGGAGACCGCAAUACUGUUCUACGAGGAAUCAAGCCUACGGACUUUUCACACGUGCGCAAGCUGGCUGCGCCCUUUAUCCAGCGCAAGUCGCAGUCGACGGCGAACCUAGUCGCUAACCCGGCCCUGUCCCUCAACCAAAAGGGCCCGUCCCGGAGACCGGACCCCAUCAUCCUGCUGUCACCGUCGGCUUCGUCGCUGCUGCGCACGUCCAACGCGCGCUCUUUUCUCGAGGACGGCCAGUUUGUGCCGCCCGACGCGGGCGCCUCGACGGUGAGCAUGCUGCACGUGCAGCGGAUGAUGCGCGGCGUGGACCCGAGCCGCCCGAUGCGCUUCAUCCUGGUCGAGGGCCCCGAGCAGUUCAAGCCCGAGUACUGGAACCGCGUCGUUGCCGUCUUCACCACCGGCCAGACGUGGCAGUUUAAGAAUUACAAGUGGAGCAACCCCAACGAGCUCUUCAAGCACGUCCAGGGCGUCUUUGUCGGCUGGCGCGGCGACCAGCUCCCGGAUAACGUCCGCGACUGGGGCCACCGCGUGCUGUCGGCGACCAUUGACCGCUGGCGCGGCGGUGCCGGCACCGGCACCGGCCCGGACGCCUCCCGCUUUCGCGACAAGGAGGCUGUCGAGUCCAUCUGGAAGACGAUUGAGCUGAAUAUGCGCGCCAGGGGCUGGCGUAAGGAUGCCGCGCCGACGUCGAUUUAG